AGCAUGAUACGAGCCUGCGGCUUAUGACACGGAAACAUGGAGUCUGGAAAUCAUGUGUGACUUUUGAGAGCGAGCAAUCUAGCCGGAUGUAUUUGUAAAACAUAGCGUUUGUUUAUAUGUUGUUUUGUUAUAAAUGAGGGAGUUGUAAAAUUACUCUCUGUGCUUGUCCUCUGGAGAAAUUUGCAUCUACUUCUAGUCUUUUUUUUAAGUAGCUAGUACAAAGGAACAUUUAGUGUAACGUUAGUUUGCGUAAGGUGUAGCAGCACAGUUUAUGUCUGUUUAAUGUUGGGGUUUUAUGAAUUGUGCCUGAUUAGACUAGAACUACAGGAAGUGCGCUGCAUUAAACCUGGAGGAAAUUUCCGGAAGACUAGCAGCGUGAAAUUUGCUUUAACUUUUUUAAGCUCCUCUGCCGAGAUUAUUUGCACAAUUAUUGUGCGAUUAAUAAUUAAAACCGUCUGAAUUGGGCGAAAAGAUCGAUGCUUGUCGGUCAGGAUCACCAGGAAGACUGACAUAAUUUGAGUUGCAGGUGUCUAGAAGGAUCAGUUUCGCUCGAGUCAUUUUGGUUUUCCAUUGAAAAUGCUGCUGUCUCUGGUCGUGCACACUUACUCGUUGCGGUACUGGCUUCCAGCGGCAGUGAUGCUGGGCACCGCUCCUGCUUAUCUGCUGUCCUGGAGCGUCUGGAGGCUGCUGUCUAAUGUGCUGCCGUCCAGACUCUAUCACACUGUGGAUGACCGUGCAUAUUCAGUGUAUCAGAGUAUGGUCCUCUUCUUCUUUGAGAACUAUACGGGAGUGGAGAUUGUAAUUUAUGGGGACAUGCCAAAGAAGAAGGAGAAUGUGGUUUACAUGUCAAACCAUCAAUCAACAACUGAUUGGAUUAUUGCUGACAUGUUAGCCAUCCGACAAAAUGCACUUGGACACGUAAGAUAUGUCCUGAAAGAUGGUCUGAAGUGGCUUCCUUUGUAUGGAUGGUAUUUCUCACAGCAUGGAGGUGUGUAUGUGAAGAGAAGUGCCAACUUUGAUGAGAAAGCCAUGAAAAAGAAAUUAUCAUUUCAGACCAAACUGGGCACACCUAUGUAUCUUGUCAUCUUUCCAGAGGGAACACGCUACAACCCUGAGCUCCAGAGAAUUAUUAAUGACAGUCAGGCUUUUGCUGCUAAAGAAGGACUUGCUGUGCUGAAGCAUGUUUUAACACCAAGAAUGAAAGCAUCACAUGUUGCCAUUGAGACUAUGAAGGAACACCUGGAUGCUGUCUAUGAUGUAACUGUUGCAUAUGAGGGAACACUCACAGAAGAUGGCCAGAGACGUCCUGCUCCUACAAUGCCAGAGUUCCUGUGCCAGGAAUGCCCCAGAGUUCACAUCCACUUCAACCGCUUGGGCAUGAGGGAAAUUCCUGCAGAGCCAGUGUUCUUCCGCAGAUGGCUGCAUGAAAGAUUUGAAAUCAAGGACAAGCUUCUAACUACUUUCUAUGAUCCUGAAGAUCCUGAGAAAAAGUGCAGGUUCCCUGGAGAAUGCCAAAAGUCACAACUUAGUCUUACAAAGACAUUGCCUUCUCUGCUGAUUUUGGGUGGCCUCACUUUGCCAAUGCUGUUAACAGAGUCAGGAAGAAAACUCUAUCUCAAUACCUGGCUCUAUGGUACUCUGAUUGGAUGGGUGUGGGUAAGUGUAAGUCCAUAAACUAGCCAAACUGGGGUGGGGGGGGGCAUCCAUAUCAACACUUUGGUUUCAUCAUUUAAUUCAUUUAUCACCAUAGUUUAUUUUUGGCUCAUAGUAUACAUCGAAGAGGAUUAUUUAAUUUUUUCAUUUGUUUUAUUUUAUACUCUUAACUGGCAGAAAGAUAAAACAGUAACACUGUGUCUGCACUGCAAACAAGUAUGAGAUGCAAAAAAACUAAAAUGUCCCAGUUGUCAGCAUAAUAUGCUUACAGCACUGUAGACGGAUGUGAAGAUUUAUAAUAGGAAUGUUUCAGUAUUGUUGCAUGUCAUCAUUGAGUUGUGAUUUUGACCCAAUGUUAGUGUUUCUAUACGAUCUGAGCUCAAUUGUAAUCUGAAAUGCAAAAAUGGAUAACAAUAUGGAACACAGAGACGAUGUUUGUGUUUGGUAUUAAUGUUGAGUAUACCCAUGGCAGUCUUGAAACAUUUUUCAUUUAACCAUAUGAUUGGCCUUGUUGGAACCAUGUGUUUUUAAUUUACAGUAUGCAAGUUUUUUUUUUUUUUUUUUUUUUUUUUUUUUUGUGUAGUUCUGAAUAUUGUUAAUGAUUUCUAAAAUCAGUUGUGUUUACAGGGCCUGUAUUUCAUUAUCCUGAUGGGUUUUCUUUUAGAAUAUUUGGAGUAUUUUAUUAUUUUAUGCUGAUUUUCAUUAUGUAAUUCAAGUAUUUUUUUUGUUAUGCGCAUUGGGUUUUGUUUGUAUGGGUUUUGAUUUGUAUUAUUUUUUUAUUAUUAUUUGAUGCCAAGAUCUAAAAAGCCUGUCAGAUAUGGGCUUUUUAUUAUCAGUGUUUGCACUGUUGCUAAAUAUUUCACAGAUAGUUGCUUAAAUUACUUGUUGCAGGAGUAUUAAAGAUUGUUCAAUCAAAAA